CCCACACAGCCACUUUCCCGCCUCUCCUUGGGCUCUACAGGAGAGGGAAAAUCAAUCUACCACCACCUCUAGCGAGCCGCAGCGCUACCCCGCCGAGCACCAAAGCGGCAAGAGAAGGAGCGAGCGGCGCGGUGAGGGGAGCGAGACGGCUGCAAGCUGCACUUCUAGCGGAUCUUGUUUUAAAACGGAAGGUGUUUUGAGUCUCCUGCUGCAGCUGCUUGUGCACAGAAUCAGUUCAGUCACACAUUGAUUAACGCAAGAUGGAUGGAGUUUUCAAGAUGGAAGAUAGUACUUCAUUAAGGAGAGGGGCUCAGGACAUUGCAAAGGAAGUCAAGAAACAAACAGUGAGGAAGGUGAAUAAAGCUGCAGACAAAGCUCAAGCUGAGUAUACGGAAAGAUCUUACAAUAGAUUCCAAGGUAAAGAAGAUGAUGCGUAUUACACCCAAGAAGGAAAUUACGGUGGAGAGGCAAAUGAAGAUGAAGGAUCAAGUGAAGCGACUGAAGGACAUGAUGAAGAUGAUGAGAUUUAUGAGGGGGAGUAUCAGGGAAUCCCAAAUGCAUCUCAGAACAAGGGUGGGGUUUCAGCCGUAGGAGAGCCCGCACGAGAUGAUUACAAAGAUCGUCUUGAAUUGGAAACAGAAAGGAAAGCUGAUGAAGAAGAACUGGCACAGCAGUAUGAGCUCAUCAUUCAAGAAUGUGGGCAUGGACGUUUUCAGUGGGCCCUCUUCUUUGUCCUUGGAAUGGCACUAAUGGCUGAUGGGGUAGAAGUUUUUGUGGUUGGAUUUGUAUUGCCCAGUGCUGAGACAGACAUGUGCAUCCCUAAUUCUGGAUCGGGAUGGCUUGGUAGCAUAGUAUACCUUGGGAUGAUGGUGGGUGCAUUCUUCUGGGGAGGCUUGGCAGACAAGGUGGGAAGGAGACAGUCUCUUCUCAUUUGUAUGUCUGUCAAUGGAUUCUUUGCCUUCCUUUCGUCAUUUGUCCAGGGCUAUGGCUUCUUUCUCUUCUGUCGUUUACUUUCUGGAUUUGGGAUUGGAGGAGCUGUUCCAGUUGUGUUUUCCUAUUUUGCCGAAGUGCUUGCUCGAGAAAAACGUGGAGAACACUUAAGUUGGCUUUGCAUGUUUUGGAUGAUUGGGGGUAUCUAUGCAUCCGCCAUGGCCUGGGCAAUUAUUCCUCACUAUGGAUGGAGUUUCAGCAUGGGAUCUGCUUAUCAGUUUCACAGCUGGAGAGUGUUUGUUAUUAUGUGCGCUUUACCCUGUGUUUCUGCUGUGGUGGCACUUACUUUCAUGCCAGAAAGUCCACGGUUCUUGCUUGAGGCUGGGAAACAUGAUGAAGCUUGGAUGAUUCUCAAACAAAUUCAUGAUACAAACAUGCGAGCUCGUGGUCAGCCUGAAAAAGUUUUCACAGUUAACAGGAUCAAAACUCCCAAGCAGAUAGAUGAGUUUAUAGAAAUAGAAAAUGAUACGGGAACCUGGUACAGGCGGUGUUAUAUCAGAGUGCGCACAGAGCUGGAUGGUAUUUGGUUAACAUUUAUGAGGUGUUUCUCCUAUCCCGUCAAGGACAAUACAACCAGACUUGCAAUAGUAUGGUUUACUCUUUCUUUUGGCUACUAUGGAUUGUCAGUCUGGUUUCCAGAUGUGAUUAAGCAUCUACAAGCAGAUGAGUAUGCUUCUAGACGGAAGAGUUUUGAAAAUGAAAAAGUAAAAGACUUUGACUUCAACUUUACUUUGGAAAAUCAGAUCCACUUGAAUGGAACAUUCAUCAAUGACAGGUUUACAAUGAUGAAAUUCAAAGCGGUUACGUUUCAAGAUAGCCUCUUUAAGACCUGUUAUUUUGAAGAUGUUACUACACUGAAUACAUAUUUUAGGGACUGCACUUUCGUGGAGACCACUUUCUUCAACACAGAUCUUGAACCCUAUAAAUAUCCUGGCAGUCAAUUUAUAAACUGUACGUUCGUUCACAACAAGACAGGAUGUCAAAUUUCUUUUGAUGAUGAUUACAGUGCAUAUUGGAUUUACUUCGUUAAUUUCCUGGGGACUUUAGCUGUACUACCAGGGAAUAUUGUCUCAGCUCUUCUGAUGGACAGAAUUGGGCGUUUAACAAUGUUAGGUGGUUCUAUGGUUCUUUCAGGAAUUAGCUGUUUUUUCCUGUGGUUUGGUACAAGUGAAUCCAUGAUGAUAGGCAUGCUGUGUCUGUACAACGGCCUCACCAUCUCAGCAUGGAACUCCCUUGAUGUCAUUACUGUGGAGCUUUAUCCUACAGACAGAAGGGCAACGGGCUUCGGCUUUUUAAAUGCACUAUGCAAAGCAGCAGCUGUUCUUGGAAACUUAAUAUUUGGUUCCUUUGUUGUCAUCACCAAAUCAAUUCCUAUCCUCUUGGCUUCCUCGGUUCUAGUAUGUGGAGGCUUGGUAGGACUACGACUCCCUGACACCAGAACCCAAGUGCUAAUGUAACUUGGGAAGGAUUGUGGAUAAAAAGCCAUUUACAGUUUGUUUUCCUCUCUUUCCAAGUGUCAGAUCUCCUGGUUGGAUGGGCAAAGGCUUCAGAUUCUCAGUGCAUGGAAGCUUUCUUUUCAUUUGGAGGGGAGUUGUUUUUUCAUGUGCUCUUAGUCAUUAGGGACCCUUAAGAAUGAAAUCUGA